UCUUCUUCUCCACUCCCUGCUAAAAAGCGCCUCCUCAAACCCCUUUCUAUCUUUAUAACUAAUAUUAUUAAUAAUAUUCUGUUUCUUGAUUCAUUCAAACUCUAUCCAAAAUCCCCAAUUUAUCUUCAGUUUUAAUCAAAUCUUGAUUCUUUUUUGUUUGUUUCAGAUCAAGUUUUGAUUUUUAUCAAUUUUUAUCAAUUUUUUGUUAAUUUUUAUUAAUUUUUAUAACUUUCCCACCAAAAAUGUCAACAGCCCUGAAUCCCUGCAACCAUCUUUUGGAUUACAAGAAAAGAUACGGGUUAAAAGGGUUCAACUUGAUCCAAAAAUGGGUCAAAACAAGCCCAUAUGGAAAAACCCAUAUGGGAAAAUCAAAAUCUGAGAUACCCAGAUGCAGUUUUUGUUGUGGGUAUGAGGGUAGAUUGUACAUCUGUUUGAUCUGUUCAUCAAUGUCUUGUUCUUUACCAUCUGGGUCAAAUCAUGCCCUUUUGCAUAUGCAAACUCAGAUUGGUCAUGAGAUUGCUGUAGAUGUUCAAAGAUCUGAGCUUUAUUGUUUUGCUUGUGAUGAUCAGGUGUAUGAUCCUGAUUUUGAUAGGGCUGUGAUUUGUGAGCAGAUUGUGGGUAAUCUUGAUGGGGUUAGAUCUGGUAAUAAUAAUAAUAAGAGGAAAAGAUUAGGGUUUGAGGGUGGGUUGAAUUUGAAUUUGAAUUUGAAUUUGAAUUUGAAUUUGAGUUUGGAUUUGAAGGAUUUGAAAAGGGUUGUUGGUGUUAGUGGUGGAGAAUGGGAUCAUGGAAGGAGGAUAUCGAAAUCGUGUUUUCCGGUUGGGUUAAGAGGGUUGAACAAUUUGGGCAACACUUGUUUUAUGAAUUCUGUGUUGCAGGCAUUGCUUCAUGCUCCUCCUGUUAGGAAUUAUUUUCUUAGUGGUAGGCAUGAUCGCGAUUUGUGCCGGAAAACGUCUUCGGAUCGGUUUUGUUUGUCGUGUGACAUUGAUGUGAUCUUUUCGGCAGUGUUUUCGGGUGAUCGGGCGCCUUAUAGCCCGGCUCAGUUUCUAUACAGUUGGUGGCGGCUUUCAGAAAAUCUUGCGUGUUAUGAACAACAAGAUGCUCAUGAAUUCUUUAUGUCGGUUCUUGAUCGGAUCCACGAGAAAGAAGGGAAAACAAAAGGCACAAAUAAAGAUACCGGAGAUUGCCAUUGUGUAGUUCAUAGAGCGUUUUCGGGCUUAUUAAGAUCAGACGUUACUUGCACGACUUGCGGUUUCACUUCCACAACUUACGAUCCUUGUGUCGAUAUCUCUCUCGAUUUCAACACGAGCGUUGACCGUAUCGCACCUAACAAACCCCAAAAGUCAACCGAUUUAGGGAUAACGACUCUCGCUAGCUGCUUAGACCUCUUCACAAGACCGGAAAAACUCGGGUCCGACCAGAAAUUAUACUGCGAAAAUUGUCGAGAACGACACGAAUCCGUGAAGCAAAUGUCGAUCAAAAAACUCCCGUUGGUGUUAUGUUUACACGUGAAGCGAUUCGAACACUCGUUGGUUAGAAAAGCGUCGCGAAAAAUCGACCGGCAUUUGCAGUUCCCGUUUUCGUUGGACAUGACACCUUACGUUUCAUCGUCAAUCGUGCGAAAAAGAUUCGGGAACAGAAUCUUUGCGUUCGAUGGCGAUGAAUCGGAGAUAUCAACAAAUUUCGAGGUUUUUGCGGUGAUUACUCAUUCGGGUAUGCUUGAAUCCGGGCAUUACAUGACGUAUUUGCGGUUAAACGAGCAGUGGUACAAGUGUGAUGACGCUUGGAUCACCGAAGUCGACGAUGAGGUGGUGAGAGCAUCACAGAUUUACUUGGUGUUUUAUGUUCAAAAACCGAACUCGGGCCACAAAUCCGGUGAGGAUGGCGGGUGUCAUCUCCGGUCUUCUCCCUCAGGCGACUCGUUUGUGACGAUUGCUGGUUGUUGCUGAAAUUAUGGAUGUUUGUUUGGUGCAAAAUAAGGUCCAUUGAGGAAGUUUAUUAAUGGGUUUUUGGCUGUUGACCUUCCUGUUUGUACAGUAAAAUUCUUUUGUUCAAAACCCAGAGGACUUGCUGUUUUUAUUUGCAUUUCUUCCAAAUUGAUAAUAUUUAUUAAAUUUUAAUCAGAUUUUAUUAUAACAAA